GCAUACCUGGUGUCAGGUGUCGGUCACAAUGAAUGAUAAAAAAAAGCGUGUUAGACCUGUGAAAUACAAAUGUGAGUUUAAUUCUGUUCCUAGAUCAUCUGUUCCUGAAACUUUCUUUGUCUGAGCAUUAAAAUAAAGGUUCACCAUGCCCACAACUGGAGUGCCUGUUCCUGGGCAAAAAGCUGGUGCAAGGGAACUGAGCCAUGCCUUGUGGGCAGGCAAGGACUGCUCAGAGAUGCGCAAGUUGAGGGGUACCUCAAGGAUGCUCGACCACAUCAAGCCUGUUUCUUCUUCCCUGGAGCAUAGUUUUGUUCCAGAAGAAGUUUUCCAAAGCCUGACCUCUGCCAGCAGUUCUUUCUGCAGCCCAAAGUACUUCCGGUCCCCACAAACCACCAAACCCCUGAUGGGCUUCAGGGGCUGCCUGCAAACACCAGAUCGGCUUUGGCAUUAUCUUAAUAGUCGGAGCAAGUUCAGACAUCUGACAGACCACCCUGUCAGUUUGACAGGCACUGGAAGGGAUGUCUCUUCCCUGUGUGACACUGUGACUGGCCAACAAGCUACGAAAGCAGUGCAAGUCAGAAGAUCUUUCUCUGAAGGUCAUCAGGACCGGAAAGGGAGCCAUGGUACAGUCCCACCCACUCCUAGAGGAAGCCUAACAGGUAGUCUGAUCCCUGAAGAAUUUCAUAUUGUGAGGAACAGAGGAGUUUUGCCCUUGAAGUACUUUGAUGAUAAAUAUGCAACACUUCUUGAAGACCGUGAAAAGAAACUCCAUCAGUUCCCAUCCCUAAGACCUCCUGGGAGGUUAGAGGUCAUCCAGGUGAUGCAUCUGAUGGACAGCAUGUUGGAAAAAGCUGGGGUAGACAAGCUAAUCAGAGUAACAGGAUCUUCACAGCUGCACAAUAUGCUGGAGCUGCUGAAGGCAGAGCAGAAUAUCUACAACAUUGUUUUCCAUGAGCUGAUUUGGCAGGUCAGCGUGGACUGUGUGGAGAGAGGGCAGCUGCUUUCAAAGCUCAGGCAGAGGUAUGUGAGUCUCCUGGAGUGGAUCCCUGAACAGAUGAAGACCCUCUACAAAGAAAUGAUGUCGCAGCGGUUGGUCAACAGACAUAUUACAGAAGAACUACUCUAUUUCAAAGAAUCUGUUGGACAGCUGUCUAGUGAGCUGUAUAAGGUACGAGAACAUGACAGCAAGGUGACUGAAGAAGCAGAAAAAGCUCAAGAGGAGCUACAUGCAGCCAUGCAGGAGGCUAAGACAAAUGUAAAGCUUUUGGAAGAGUAUCAGGAGUUAGACACAUUACAGAGAAGACAACUAGAAGAGCAGGCUCUAUUGCUAGCUCAAGAGAGAGACAUUUGGAUUGCAGCUACAUAUGACCUGGCUCAGAAGGCAGGUGCAGGAAAUCAGUGGUACACUGCAAGAUACAAAACAUCACAGAUAGCAGUCUUGUUUUCAUCCCAAAGAACAUCUUUGUUUAAUAUGAUUGGGUAUGAGACGCUAGGGCAAAGGGACAGUUCCUCCAACUCGGAUCAAAAUAACCAUGACAACGGUCCCUUUUCCCACCCUCUUGCCCAAUGCCUGCAGGACACAGAAGAUCUGACUGAUUUGCAGGAAAAGACAGAGCAGUUCAGGGAGAGAUUGGGUCAUAUUGGAGCAGAAAUAGAGCAUUCUGAGGAGUCCACCCAGAGAAAACUGCAAACUCUCCGCAGCAGCUUCCACAAGCACCUUCAAUACUUCCAUAGCAGUGACUCCUCCUCUCAGAUGAAUGAAAAGCUAUUAGAUGAAAUCCUACCAGAAAUCAAGAAUUUGAUAAAUAUGCUAAAAGAAGACCUAGAGCAGUACACAGGGGAGAUGCACCUAAGAAAGACUGAAAGUCUGAAGAGCACUGCCAGCCUGCUGGAGUACUGGACAAAGCUGGGACAAACGGUGGUAAAUUGACACCAGGACUUAACUGGAGCAUUGCCUCCACAGCACACUGCCCUGGAAGAAAUAAAACAAAGGGCAUGCAAACUUCACAGGCAAUAUAAUAUAAGGAUAAAUGGAAAUAAUGGCACAGCAAAGUUUUUGACAGCCUUGGUGAAAAGUAUGGAAGAUUGGUUAUUCAAGGUGCAAAAGCUGAAGCAAGGUUCUGGCAUGCACAAAGCUGAGCUGUGUGCAUUUUAUCAAAAGAUUCCUGUGUGGCUGUCCCAGGUGGAUGCAGUGAAGAGUUGUGUGGGCUCUGGGCAGUUGCAUGAAGCUGAGAGCAAUCAGAAAUCACAUUUCCCAUAAGGACAGAUGGUGGUACCUAAUGAUUUUUUUCAUAUGAUUCAGCAAUGGGUUCUGUCCAUGAAUAAUGAGACCGAGAAGAAUGUCACACAUGCAAAUGAAAAAGUGGCUGAACUGGACAGAAAACUGACCCUGUGGCUGGUGGAUUUGCUGAGACACAUGACAACAGAACGCUUGUCCCGUGAGUGUCCCCAGUGGCAGGAUUCAGGUACCGAGACGGACAAGGAGCCCAGGCUUCUGAGGGCUAGUAAGCUUCAGCAUGGAGCUGAAGAGUUGGUUGCAGAGAUGUGCAGACUUGCUGAUUCUGUGGACAGCUGCUGUCACGAGACUGUCAACAAAAUUGUUCAAAAGACAGAGAAAGAUUUAGAACCUGAUUUUGAGCUGGAGCAGCUGAAUAAGAUCAAGACUGAGUGCUGUAAUUGGAUUCAAGCAGGUAGUCAUCUUCUUUCAGAGAUCAAAGGCACUCCAGUCUCCUUUCUGGAUUUAGAAGAACUGAGAAACCUCCUUGGAUCAGAGGAAUUGCAAUUGAAACUUAAGCUUAAGGACACCGUCAUUUCUUCAGCUCAGGAAGAGUCUGGAGGUGAAAAUGCCAUCAGCAAAAUGAAACCCAUAACAGAGAAAGAACCAUUAAAAGUAAAGGAGGAAAUAGCUAUCACGCAGCAGCAUCCAUGUGCUGGUAUGGAUUAUCUGACUGAGGACAAUGAAGCUACUGCAGAUGUGAUCAGAUAUGUAGGGCAUGACUCCAACAUCCACCUGAAGUCUCUGAAAUCAGACAUCAUUACAGUUAGAGGGAGAGAGAUGACUGCCUCCAUGCCAUCAAGUCCCUUUUCUCAAAAAGAGUUUGAAGCCCUGGCAAUGCUGGAACAUCUGCAAGCACAGCUCCUAGAAAGAGAGAUCCAUGCUCAAAAUGCAGAGGAGAGAUCUGAAGGUCGUGAAGAAAAGCUGGAAGAAGCUCUGCAGAGAAUCCAAGACCUAGAGAGUGAGUUGGAGAAAGAGGGGAAAGUCAUCCCAGAAGCAACACACAAAGAAGGGCAAGAAGAAUGUCUCCAAAAAGGCAUCUCAGAAGUUGAGGCCUGCUCAAGUCUCAAAGCUUCUACCUCUGGCCAGUUCAAGGGCUCCAGAAAAGAGCAACAGUAAAGAAUAGCAAAGCCCCAGUAGUUUCAUACUUCCUGUUCAUAGCAGUGGUUCACCCCCAGUCCACUGCUGUUACUCCUUACCUACUACCCCAGUACCUCAGUCCCAUCUCAGCAUUUACACUGUUCUUCUAGCUGGCUCUGCCAAUUCCACGUAUGCUUUGUUUGUCUUCUGCCUUGUCCCAAAGAUUAAUAUCUUUAUAGCUCAUCUUCCUUGUAAUACCAUUGCUACCUUGACUUUCUCUUACCCACAUCUCUCCUUGUGCACCCUCCUCCCCUCCCCUUGCUUUAUG